AUGGAAAAAAGUAAGCAGAAUGUGAAACUACCGUACCGGGAAAAACUUAACAACGAGGCCAGGGACCGUUACUUGGCCAAACUGUCGGAUAUUAACGGCAUAGAUCCCUAUGAUCUCCGGAGCAAAGACUGGAGCUCCGACGUCUCUUCACUGCCUCCGACCUCAUCAGUGGACAUAACCACUUACCUAGUGUUUGGCGUCAGUGCCUACACGUGCGAGGAAUUCAAGGCAUAUAAAUCACUGGAAGCACACGGACAGUUCACAAAUGGCUGGGUUCAGGAUCUGUUUUCCUACCGACCACAGAUGUGCAACAACACAGUUGUUACUGCAAAGGUCAUGCACUCCCAAAGACUAAACGACACACCACUGAAACCCUGGGCCAUCAUUGACCGAUCAGGAGCCAUAUCAUCUGCUCACUGUACAUGUAUGGCUGGGAUAGCAGAGACCUGUACGCAUGUAGCUGCCAUGCUGUUCAAGUUGGAGGCCACUAUCAGAUGCAGGGAGAAAACAACUGUUACAGGAGAGCCUGCAUACUGGAUGAUACCGAACAACAUAAACAAAGUGGGAGCGAAGACAUUGUCGUGUUACGUGUGGCACCUGACCCCAAGCUGUGGAAUGCACUCCUUGAAAAGCCACAGCAGUUCUUUGAGCGUGUGUGUCUCCCUGAACUGGUCAGCCACUUCUUCACACGUGAUGCACAACGAGCACCGCUGA